AUGACGGAAUGUGCUGUUCUCGACAUGGCUUCAGAAUAUCUAAAAGACAUUUAUAACAUCAAUUCGUUAGAAUCUAUCGUCAACGCUCAAUAUGGCCGAUGCGAUAUCCAAGGUGUUCUUAAAGCCAUCAAUAUUGAACUAGGUAAAUUGAAAAUUGACCAGACUCGUCUAUUUAUGGCGAUGAAAACUAUUGCUGAGGAGAAUCGAAAUCGAGAUAGAUAUGAAUUCGAGAAUGAACCAACUCAUUUUGAUGGUGAAACAUUUGAUGAUGGUGCCCUUUUGAUAUCUCGUCGAUUCGAUGCAGCAAUAUCAAAUGUGAACAGCGCAGAAUACGAAAAAUCAAGAGUAGAAUUCGGCUAUUUGCUACAUACUGUGCAAGAUUUCUAUAGUCAUUCAAAUUGGAUUGAGAUUGGAUAUGGUGAACCAAAUAAAGGCAUUGGAAAAUAUGAAGUUUUGGGCAAGUAUGCAUCGAAAGAGAUGCGAACAUGUGUCGAAUGUGUAGGAAAUUCAUGUCGAAGUAAUAUAGUGCCAUCAAUACUUCAAAACAAUGUACUAACUAGUGGCUAUUUCAGGUUGCGCGUUGUGGGUGCGUUUUUAGAUACAAAACCAAAACCAAAACCUGUUGGAAAAUGUAGUCAUGGUGGUGUUUUAGAUGCAACCAUAUCCACUGACGCUACAGGAGGUGGAAUCAAUAAAGAUACGUUGACUUCAGUACAUGGGCACCUACAUCAAGAAGCAGCAUCGGUUGCAUACGAUGCUACAAAACAAAUAUUGCAUGAAUUUUGGAAGAGAGUUGGGAAUGAACCAUUCGGACAGUUUCUUGGUUUAUCUGAGAGUCUACGUAACAUUUCAUCAAGUAGUUUGAUCAUUGUUAUGGAUACCACUGGUAGCAUGGGAUCGUAUAUUGCUAUGGCGAAACAGAUAGCUAUUACUAUUGUAGAUAGUCAUCAGACAUUGGAAUACAAACCCAGUAACUAUAUUCUCUCGCCAUUUAAUGAUCCAGAAUGGGGGCCGUUGACAACUAGUCUUACUCCUCAAGAAUUUACAAAUGAAAUCAGCAAGCUUAGUGCCAAUGGUGGUGACGAUACACCAGAAUUAUAUUACCAUGGAAUUCUUGAUGCACUCCAAGUCUGUGAAAUUGGCUCAUCUCUCUAUGCAUUUACCGAUGCACCAGCAAAAGAUGCCUACUUAAAAAGUCAAGCUGUGCAACUAGCAAAAGAGAAACGUGUCACCAUUACAUUAUUCUAUGCGGGCUCUUCUCGAAAACGUCAAACUGGCAAUGUACAAACUAAAGUUACUGAUGUCAUUGAAGAUUUAACUAUUGUUGAUGGUAAUGAUCUGUCAUCGAUCACUGGUGGUAUAAUUAUGGGUAUUAAUUCUCAAUCGCUUAGUGUAACUGAAGAUUAUAUUAUUAAUCGUCUUGACAUGCAUAAACUCAAGCCCAUCAUAUUUGCAAGAGGUAAUCAAUUGAACUUGACAUUUUAUGUUGAUUCUUCAAUGAAGACACUAAGAAUUGAAGUAACAUCUAGUUACGCUUUGACAACGACGGGUCUACGUCUAACUAAAUCAUCAGGACAAAUUCUGAUGCCCAUACCAUCAUCUCAGACACAAUUUGCAUUCAUUUAUACGGUCCCGCUUGAACAAAGUGAUGUAGGAGAAUGGAAUAUAUUUUCACCCAUUACUGUUGCUCACAAUAUUGAAUUAAAUGCUAUAAGUAACAUAUCAUGUUCAUCAACAUUACAGAAACAAUUGGUUGAUUCAUCAUCUGAUCUCAAUUUUGUAACAUUAACAAGCAGACCAAUUCAAGGUGAAAAAGAUUUAUUUGUUUUGACUAUUUGCGAUAAUCUGCCAUUGGAUCUUAUCACGGGCGAAGUGUACUUGAUGGAUACCAAAGACGGCUCAUCUAUAUCAGAAAUAUUAACACCGAUUCGAGUUUCACCUAAUGGUUUUCUAUCGAGAAUUAAUGUUCCAAACGAUGAUUUUCGUCUUAAAACAGUUGUUCAUUUGAAAGAUGGCUCGUUAAUUCAACGUCAGGAAAAACGAAUUAUAUCACCAACGUCCAUUGCGUUAAGUAUCGAUAAUCAACCAUACUAUGUUCUUCUCAAUGAAGCAGUGUCCAUGAAUUAUACACUUUAUAAUUACGGUCAAAAUCCACUGCGUGUAACUCUACGUGUAAACGAUGCCUUGGGUCUUCUCUCAUCCAGCGGUAUUCUAAAAGCUUAUGAUAUUGUUGGAAAUAGUAAUGUGAGCGAUACAAUCGAAAUGAAUACAAGACAAAUUGUUGAUGUUAGUUCAAACACUACAAUGAUAACAGAUUCAGUUUUAUUUAGCAUAGCAGCACUUAACUUCGAAUAUGAAGACAAAGUAUCAGUCUAUAUCCAACCAAUAGACGUUCCUCUUACAGAGCAGACUGAAUAUCAAAAGCCACCACGUAAUAGUGCUAAUAAAGGAUCAACAUCACUUCUAAUGCAGUUUAUUUUAAUGUUGUCCGUUGGAUUCUAUCGAGUUUAUGUCUAA